AGUUGAGCAGAUAACACCUCUAUGUAAUCCCAAAUUCCUUAAUAAAAAGUAAAAAUCAAAUUUUGUACAAAUUAGGGCAGUUCAAAAUUCUUUGCUCAUGGAUCUUUCCAAGGCCGAGAGCCAGACGCCUGCCGAUCGUCGAUCGGGCAGUCCUGAUUAUUUGAGGACCCUGCUGCAGGAUCUCUUGUGCUUCUUCGCCUUGCUCUCGGUAGCCCUGCUCAUUGUAGCCGGCAUCCUGUUCGUCGUAGAGGACGUAAGCCGCAUGCAGCAGCAGCACCAGCACCUCCACCACCGGCACCUGCAUCGGGAUAAAAACGCCAACAACUCGGGGAGAUCCCUGGCUGAGGAGCCACCCAACCAGGGACGUCCUUACUUCCGACCACACACUUGGAUUAGAUUUUUCAGCUGCCAGGGAAAGCAACCUCAACAGCAGCCAGAAGAAGCCGAAAAGGAGGAACCCAAACAGUUUGAUCAGAAACAGCAGCCCACAUAUCCUCCCGUGGAACCUCAACGAUUCCGGGCUGGCGGAGACCAUAUCGAGGACGAAGCUGCCAACAAACAGCUGGACUCGGAGCCCCAUCAACAUCUGGCCGAUAAUUACUACAGAUCCUAAGCAAACUGGCUACUUUACGGACGUUUGAAGUGUUUGAAUGUUCUUAUUGAUGCCCUUGCAGCUCCAGACCAUCGAGUCUCCCCCGGCAAUUUGUCAUUUGAUGUACAGAAGCCAGCGGGAUGGCUUCAAUCAGUGUCGAUUCAGAGAUAGUAUCGGAUUUACAAAUCUUGUAGGUGGUCAUCAAGAACUUUGACUAGAAUAAGAACAUUCGCAGCGUAACUAAAAAAACGAAAAGUUUCUCGAUAUAUCUCGCUUAAUUGUGUAAUAAAUUCCACAUUUUGCAGCUAACAUAAUUGGUCUAUUUAGGCUUUUGAGCUUUAUAUAUUAAAAUGUGUUAAAAGUA